AUGGCCGGCAGAAUCGCCCCCACAAUCUCCGGUUCUGCCCUCGUUUCUUCUGCCCGCAGCGACUCCUGCGUCUCUUGCUUGUCCCGCUUCACUACUUAUUCUCGGGCCUCCGCCACUUCGUCUUCUUCCUCCUCUCGCUUCUUCAGGUCUUCAGCUCUCUCACCAUCCAGACUGGCGCCAGCAAGCAUCAGUCGAACAGCCCUAGUCUCACGGCACCUCUCUACUUCUUCCUCGUCGUCACCGUCACCGUCGUCCAGCAUGGCCUACACCGUCCGUAACGUCGGCGCCCUCAACACCCUCGAGUGGCGGGCAUACAUCGAGAAGGAUGGCGUCCCAAUCUCGCCCUUCCACGACAUCCCUCUCUACGCCGACGAGAGCAAGACCAUCCUCAACAUGGUCGUCGAGAUUCCUCGCUGGACCAACGCUAAGCAGGAGAUCUCCAAGGACGACUUCAUGAACCCCAUCAAGCAGGACACCAAGAAGGGCAAGCUGCGUUUCGUCCGCAACUGCUUCCCCCACAAGGGCUACCUCUGGAACUACGGUGCCUUCCCACGAACCUGGGAGGACCCCAAUGUUGUCCACCCCGAGACCAAGGCCAAGGGAGACAACGACCCUCUCGACGUCUGCGAGAUCGGUGAGCUCGUCGGCUACCCCGGCCAGGUCAAGCAGGUCAAGGUCCUCGGUGUCAUGGCCCUGCUCGACGAGGAGGAGACCGACUGGAAGAUCAUCGUCAUCGAUGUCAACGACCCUCUCGCUCCCAAGCUCAAGGACAUCGAGGACGUCGAACGCCACCUCCCCGGCCUCCUCAGAGCCACCAACGAGUGGUUCCGUAUCUACAAGAUCCCGGACGGCAAGCCAGAGAACCAGUUCGCCUUCUCCGGCGAGUGCAAGAACUCCAAGUACGCCAUGGACGUCAUCCACGAGUGUGCCGAGGCCUGGGAGAAGCUCAUGUCCGGCCAGUCCCCCGCUGGCGGCAUCUCUCUCUGCAACUCCACUCUCGACAAGAACCGUGCUGAACCUUCCAAGGUCGAUAGCAUCCCCGCUGGCUCCAACCUGCCACCUGCCCCCAUCGACGGCAGCAUUGACAAGUGGUUCUUCAUCUCCGGUGCCGCUGUCUAA